AUGUCAUUUGUGAACACUCUCAAACAGUGGGAUGAGGCAGUGGCCUGUUUCGAACGGGGGAACUCUGCUGCUGCCCUUGGAACAUUUCUGGACAUCCAGGAAAAGAACUCCAAAAUCUUUUUCAACAUUGGCUGUCUACAUUUGAUCAAUAAGAACCUAGAUGCAGCUGAAAAGGUAUGGCAGUUGUUACCAAAUUUCAUCAUUCUUGAAAGACAAUCCUCUCUUUCCCUGUUUUACUAAAGAAAUCAGAAUGCAUCUAAGGUUAAUAGUUACUAUCACAUUGUAAUGACAUGUUCUUUUCCCAAAAAGUGCAAGUCACAGAAAAAGGGGAAGUGCCGUUAUAGUACACAAUACUUGUGACAGCCUACUAUUUCAUUGGGAGGAAGUCACUGAGUUUCUUCUGAAUAUUGCGCAGGCUUUCGAUGGCAGUAUCGGAAAGGAUGAACACUUGGCUGUUGCAUUCUUUCAAAGGGCAUUGACGUUCUACAAAAAGGAGAGGCAAGACAAAUCUAUCAUAUUAUGGAUGGGUGAUUGGAUGCAUUAUAAUAAAACAUUAAAAACAUUAUCCCAUACUUUCAAAUGGUGUGUUAAAAUGAAUCAUCAAUUCACAGACAUACACUCUUAGGAAAAAAAGUUAUAUCUUGAACAUAAAAGGGUUAUUUGGCUGUCCCCAUAGGAGAACCCUUUGACGAACACUUUUUGUUUCCAGGUAAAACAAUUUUGAGUUCCGUGUAGAACCCUUUCCACAGAGGGUUCUGCAUGAAACCCAAAAGAGUUCUACCUGGAACCAAAAAGGGUUCUACCUUGAACCAAAAAGGGUUAUCCUAUGGGGACAGCCAAAUAGCCCUUUUGGAACCCCUUUUUUAAGUGUAUAGCAGGAUAGUGAAUGACUUAUGGAUUUCUCUUCAUUUUGCCUACAGGUAUGAGGAGUCUUUUGCUGAUUUCCAACAUGCCUUCAGGGAGUUGAGGGGGAACCAGCUGAUCGACUACAAACCUCUUGGUCUGAGAUACAAAUUAUAUGCUUGUGAGGUGAGUCCAGGUAAAGAUGUGAUGGAAGUCUUGCCAGUGUAACAAUAAUUGGUGUUGGGACAGCAACCUAUCCCAACAUCACAGUAUGUACACGCAGAGAACAAUAGCUGCAGUGCAUAGGUGGGUGUUUCAAUGUAAAGCACUUUGAGAUCUGGGGGGAAGUGCUGUAUAGCUGUAGUUUUACUACAACAAUAACACUUUUUUUGUGACUGGUAUCACUCCCACAGGUACUGCACAACAUGGCGCAGGCCCAUGCUCAGCUGGGUCAGUGGGGGAAAGCCAAGGAGACCCUCCUGACUGCUCUGAACCUCAGGACCGAGGGCAAACUCAGCCACAUCGACAGAGGUCUGGAGUGCAUCUUGGUCAGUGGCCCUUCUCUAUUACACCUUUUUCACAUUAUCAUGUUGACCCAAACCAUACUGGCUUGGAUUGUUCUUUUUUAUAUUGUUCGUUCCAGCACAGUUCCAGCAACUAUAGUGAAUGAGUAACCAGGCCAGGCAGCUCGGCUCAGUAUUGUGAAAAGUGUAUUAACAUGUAGUUAUUAUGCAUUUUCACUGUGUCUGAGUGUUCAACAAAGUUGGUGAUCCUCUGUAAAUCCUAUGUUACUCCUAUAGAAGCAGAAGCUGUUUGAGCCAGUUGAGGUCCCGGCGAAAGUUCUGUUCAAGCCAAACAAGCAUUACGUGGCUGAACUGGAGAAGAAGGACUACCUGGGCAAGGCCAAGGUAUCCAUUUCAUCUCUCUCUCAAAAUAAAACAUACAGUGCCUAUAGAAAGUCUACACCCCCCUUUGGAUUUCUUCAAAUGUUAUUGUGUUACAAAGUGGGAAUAAAAUGGAUUUAAUUGUUAUUUUUUGUCAACGAUCUACACAAAAUACUUUGUAAUGUCAAAGUUGAAGAAAAAGUAUAUAUUUUUUAAAAGAUUAAUGAAAAGUAAAACACUAAUAUACCUUGCUUAGAUAAGUAUUGACCCCCCCUCCCCUGAGUCAAUACAUGCUAGAAACACCUUUGGCAGCGAUUACAGCUGAGAGUCUUUUUGGGUAAGUCUCAUAAGACCUUUGCACUCCUGUAUUGUGCAAUAUUUGCCCAUUAUUCUGUUAAAAAUUAUUCAAGCUCUGUCAAGGUGAUCAUGGCUAGACAGCAAUUUUCAAGUCUUGCCAUAUAUUUUCAAGCAGAUUUAGGUCAAAACUGUAACUUGGCCACUGGGGAACAUACACUGUCUUCUUGGUAAGCAACUACAGUGUAGAUUUGGCUUUGUGUUGUAGGUUAUUGUCCUGCUGAAAGGUAAAUUCCUCUCCCAGUGUCUGGUGUAAAGCUGAAGCAGGUUUUCCUCUAGGAUUUUGCCUGUGCUUAGCUUCUUUUUAUCCUGAGAAACUCCCCAGUUUUUGCCGAUGUCAAGCAUACCCAUACCAUGAUGCAGCCACCAUCAUGCUUGAAAAUAAGUGUAUUCUUUUGUUGUGUGUUUUUGCAGUAUUACUUUCGUGCCUUGUUACAUAAAUAUGCAUGUUUUGGAAUAUUCGUAUUUUGUCAUUUACGUCACGUCAUUAUUGUGGAGUCACUACAAUUUGUUGAUCCAUCCUCAGUUUUCUCCCAUCACAGACAUUGAACUCUGUAGCUUUUUUAAAAUCACCAAUGGCCUCAUGGUGACAUCCCUAAGCAGUUUCCUUCCUAUCCUGCAGCUCAGUUCAGAAGGACGACUGCAUCUUUGAUGUGUCUGGGUGGUUUAAUAAGUCAUCCACAGCAUAAUUAUUAACUUGACCAUGCUUAAAGAUGUAUUCAAUGUCUGAAUUGUUAUUGUUACCCAUCUACCAAUCAUUGCUCUUCUUUAUGAGGCUUUCGAAAAGCUCCCUGGUCGUUGUAGUUGAAUCUGUGCUUGAAAUGAAAUACUUGACUGAGGGACCUUACAGAAAGUAGCCAAUUUAUACCCCUUGACUUAUUCCACAUUUUGUUGUGUUACAGCCUGAAUUCAAAAUGGAUUCAAUUGUUGUUUUUCUACACACAAUACCCCAUCAUGACAAAGUGAAAACAUGUUUUUAGAAAUGUUUGCAAAUGUAUUCAAUACAUUUCAGCUUUUCAUUUUUUAUUAAUUUGUAAAAAUUUCAAAAAACAUAAUUUCACUUUAACAUUAUGGGGUAUUGUGGGUAGGCCAGUGACACAAAAUCUAAAUUAAAUCAAUUUUAUAUUCAGGCUGUAACACAACAAAAUAUGGAAACUCUCAAGGGGUGUGAAUACUUUCUGAAUACACUGUAUGGGAGACAGAGGAAGGGCUAGUCAUUCAAAAAUAAAUUCAACCCCUAUUAUUUCACAAAGAGUGAUUCCAUAUAAUUUAUUAUGUGAUUUGUUAAGCCAAAUUUUACUUCUGAACUAAUUUAUGCUUGCUUGCCUAAACAAAGGGUGUGAAUACUUACAACUAUAUUUUAGGUUUUUCAUUUUUAUUAAUUUGUACAAAUUUGCAGAAUUUCCUUUUCACUUUGACAUUAUGGAGUAUUUUGUGUAGAUCAAUGACAAAAAAUGUAAUUAAAUAUACUUCAAUCCCACUUUUUAAUGCAACAAAAUGUGAAAAAAGUUAAAGGGGGUGUAUACUUUCUAUAGGCACUGUAUCUUAAACAGGCAAAAUGUUGCGACUUUGUAGAUGUGUAUACAAAAUGCAUGUCAAUUACCUAAUUGGAUUGAAAUGUGCAAUUAAAAUGUGUUGCUUUGGUUUUUUCUUUAGUUAGAUAUUUGGCACUUUAUCAGUAGGCAUUUCAUAAAGUAUUGUUUCAUGUUGAACCUGUUUUAUUCUCUAUUCUCAGGUUGUUUCUUCCAUCGUCUUCCAGGAUGAGUUUUCUGGCUUUGCUCCGUUACAGCCACAGGUGAAGUAUCAUAUGAUUUGAUGUGAUGUUUUAAUAGUGCCUUAAAAAUGAUCAACAAUUAUUAUUUUUUACGAUCAAUUAAAAUAAAAACUAUCAACAAUUAAAAUGGAACAAUUGAUAGAGGAGGAAUAUUCAGUGUAACAGUGUAAUGGGAUGUGCUAUUUUCUACGGUGAGAAUAGGUUGAAGAGGUUCCUACCAGACCAAAGGUGCCUGAAGUUCUGAGGUAAAGUUAAUGUGAUCUUGAUGUUAAUUCUAGCAGAGACUGUGGGGCUGGUUUGACACGAUUCAAUCCGUAUCGCGGAAGUUCAGCGUUAUAGUGCAAUUAAAAUGUAAAGUUAUGACGGCAAUCCAUGCUUUGGUUUAGUUUCCCUAGUAUUGUUUCCACAUCCUAACAUUUUAGCAUUUGUGGCACAAAUCCCUUUCAAGUCAUGGGAGCAAUAUUAUAAAUGUUCACGCAUCAUGUCCAAAUAAUCCGAAAGUAUUUUAAAUUGAUUGUGAAGCUCAACAAAGUCACUUAUAAAUGUAUUGAAAAUUAUGCGAUACAAAUGCUAAUAUCGGUCCCAUGACUUGAAUGGGAUUUGUGGCAAAAAUGCUAAAACGUUAGCAUGUAGAAACAGUGCCGGAUAUCAAUGCAGGAUAUCUCUGUCGCCCCCCACAGGGCUCUGGAGGAGGGUGAGCCUCACACUGUCCUCUUUGAGUUUGUCCCUGAGACAAGUGAUGAGUUAGCUGUGGUACCUGGCAACAUCGUCUUUGUGCUGAACAACGGAGCAGACAACUGGGCAUCUGUCAUCUUCAAUGAAAGAGUAUGAUUACAAACAUUACACUGAAAAAAUGCUUUGAAUUAAAAAUGUACAUCUAUUGUUCUCUUUAUGUGAUAGACACUCGGUUGAUUACGAGCAUCCUUAUUCAAAAAAUUAUACGAUGUGUUCAGUUAAUUCAUUUAACCUUUACAUUUUUAGAGGGGGCUUGUUCCUUAUAAUUUCCUGGAGCGUUUGGAAAUAACCUUAUCAUCUAAGCAAGAUCAGGUACAUUUCUACCAUCUAGUUUGUGUUUUUUCCUCAUCACAAGAUGGCAUUGACUCAAACACCUGUGUGUGUCAAUGCUGGGCUAUAACAAAUUUGAAAUCCUUUAAGGUGCAAUCCCUAAAAUUCUGGUAAAGCAUACCCUUCAAUUGCUAUGUUAAUUGAUUCCUCCUAUGUGGGUUGAUUGCUUUCUUGUAGGAUGGGACAGACAAGGAUGACUCCCCAACGCCACCUAGACGAGAACCACCGACGAGACCUCAGAGAAAAUCUGGUAAAGAUCUGUUAUGUAAAAAUAUGGAAUGAAAGUUGUAUAGCUAACGUUUUAAUUAUUGGCUAUGCAACAAAUAACUUUACUUUUGGGGGGGUCUUUUUGUAACAGCUUUGGCUGCUGAAAAUCAGAGCAUCGGGGACACAGAAACAGAGGUAUGAGAAUUAUUCAAAAUAGAUCUCAACACAUUAUUAAAUAAAAAAUUUACAGCAUGCAAUAUCCAAAGUAGAUACCAAUUGUUUAUCAGUACAAAUUUAAAAUAUCAUUGUACAUUUAUUUCAUUCCCUAGUCUUGCCAGAUUGAAGAGUCAAAUGAAUCUUCACUGUGUGUAGUGAAAGUGCACUUCACAUACACCAUAGCAAUCUGCAUGGUGCCUGGACUUCCCUACACAACCAUUCUGGAGAAAAUCAGUAACAAACUGGGCCUUCCUGCCAUGGCAAUCACCUUGAGGUAUGGCACUGUUUAAACAUUAGCUUCAAAACUUUAAUUCAACAUUCAUUACCGUUACAAAACCAAGCUCAGGGUUUUUGUGUGAUUUUUCUCAAGCUAUGCCCACAUAGAUUCUGGUAAAAUAGUGAUUGAUGAGGACACGAGGAUGGAAGAUGUUUGGAGCGGUGUCCACAAUGGUCGUCUAACACUGUGGUGUGAGCUCAAAGAGGUAAUGUGGUCAUACAGUAAGUUGUUUGCUAUGUGGACUUUUAAGUUACAAAUAUAAUGGUCAACUCCUAGAAAAAGAGGGUAUGGGAUAUAAAACUUGACUGACAAGACAAUUUAGUGCCGACAGAUGUCAUCAUGGGUACUUGUUACCCUUAUUUCAUGUAAUCUACACUACAGGGUAUGAGUGAGCAGCUGCAAAGCCAGACUCACCUGAUGGCUCUUCAUUCCUACGAGUCUUCAACUCCAGAGGACCUUGAGUUCCAUCAAGGAGAUACCAUCUUACUUCUCUCCAAAGGUGAGCAACCAAUUUCUCUCAUGCAGGGCACCAUUUCGACAAUGCACAAAUCAGUUGUGUCAGUGUUUAUUAUCCUGUUAUUAGAUGAUAUCCUGGAUGAGCUGUAACCUACUGUUUUCUUAAAAUUCAGAAUUUCCAUUUUCAUUACUUUCUUUUCAGUCAAUGAAGACUGGUUUGAGGGACAGUGCAACGGAAAGAUUGGCAUAUUCCCGGCAUCCUUCGUUGAAGAAGUUCCCAUGAAAGAUAAAUAA